CGCUUCAGCCUGGACAUCAUGCAGUUCGCUACCAACCUUUAUUCCCUCCAGAAUAGUAUGGUUUGACUUUGAUUCAGUGUAUAUAAAUCUCAUCACACAUCCCGUGUUUGUCCUUCCUUUCUCCGUUCACUCACACUCUAUUCUCCAACCCAGCAGGCCAAUUGAGGACUUCGCCUUGGCUCCUUCCUGUUUCACCUCACCAGACCAGAUCCGCCUUGAUAGUCAAUCCAAUCCUGCACCUUCACAAUGAUGGACAUUGACCAAGAACCUCCACACGUGAACCCUUCAGUGAAGCUUCCGGGUUUCGGGCUCCCUGUAGACACCCUUGACCAGUGGCGUCUCGAAGAUGACGAAUGGACACGUUUCCCCCAUGCAAUUGCAGAUUCACUGGCCAAAUUGGGCAUUACUCUGCGCGAGAAGCGCAUGCUUGUAUUCAUCAACCAAAUCACCGACAAAACGGAGUGGGAGCGUAAGGUGUUCGACGACACCAUCGUCGCGAAGUGGGAGAAGGAGGCCGUCCGGUGGGACGCAAGCUUCCCUGAGAAGGGAGAUUGGUGGCUGAGCACCGAGAUGUUCAAAUGUUGCAUGGAGGAGCUGAGGGAGAAGGCCGAGCAGUUCAAGGAGACUGGCAUUGUGUCCGUGCUGGACGCGAAUGCUACGGUCGUCAAGUGUGACACCGCCGUGUCGAGUGAGCUGAAGGACGCGCUCAAGCGUGCGGCGUUCAAGCUGGAGGAUGUCCCCGACCUCCAGAAGGACUGGCACCCGGGUUCAGAUGAGCAGGUCCUUGAUCUCGUUCACCCUUCAUUGUACCCUGUGACUUUCGGCCUCACGAGGGCGUUGCCUACAGGAACUGUCCCGCUUCGGAAUUGUGCCGAGUACAUUGGCAAGGGGGAAGUCAUACCGAAGUUCUCGGCGAAGGCUUACGAGCCGCCAAAUACGUGGGGACAGCCACAGAACAUCGAGAACGCUUGGGGAAGCUUCCAGUGGCUCCCAUCUGAUGUUCACUUCACCGGCGAGAACGGGACUGCAUCGAUCACGAGUUACGUCAACAAUCUCCACCCUGCACAUCACCAAGACCUUUACCGAGUAUUGGAACAGAUGGUAGAUGCUUCCAUUCCCCUAUGGAAUGAGUGUCUUUCCUGGUUCCACAAUCGGCUCCGUAUCGAUAUCGGCGGUGCGGGCAACGAUGACUACAUCAUACCAGAAGGUGUGAAAUUCCCACGAGAAGAGUAUGUAGAGGACGGCGUGGACACAAAUGAGAUGAAUGAAGACGGCGAGGAGAUGGAAGAUCAGGAGUGGGCCGAGGAGCACGAUGUAGAAGACGAGUAUCGCGACUGGUGGGAGGAGAAGAGGGUUCUGGAAUUCCCGGAACCGGAAUUCAAAAAAUGCAAGAAGCUGAGGAAACGCAAGGGCGCACGACCUAUCGAUUUGCGUGAGAACUUCGCCGAGCGUGGGCUCCAGGUCAUCUUCAAGCUUGCCAACAUUCAUUUGACACCCGAGAAUCCGACAUACGACGGCGGGUCGUGGCAUGUUGAAGGCAGCCUAAACGAGCACAUUUGUGCCACCGCCAUCUACUACUACGACUGCGAAAAUGUCACCGACAGUCAAUUGAGCUUCCGCCAGGCGUUCGAUCUGGAAGACAUGACCAUGAAGCCUGCACAGAGCGAGUAUGCAUCUAUGGAGGCAUUCUACGGCAUCGAGCAGGAAGGAUCCAGCGUCAUGAACCUUGGAUCCGUCCUCACGAAAGAGGACCGCCUGAUCACGUUCCCCAAUGUCCUCCAGCACCAGGUGCAGCCCUUCUCUCUGGCCGACAAUUCGAAGCCCGGCCAUCGCAAGAUCCUGGGGAUGUUCCUCGUGGACCCUCACAUCCAGGUUCUCUCGACGGCCAAUGUGCCGCCGCAGCGCAAGGACUGGUGGGCAGACGAGAUCCGGAACAUUGGCAGGUUCGCCGACCUGCCGAAGGAGAUCUUCGACAUGGUUAUCGACGCCGUGGAUGACUUCCCUAUCUCGUGGGACGACGCCGAUGAUAUUCGCGACCAGCUGAUGGAAGAGAGAGGGGCCAGCUCCGAGAGCAUUACUGCAAACAUGGAAGGGGAUACGUUUUAUUUCUGCGAGCACUGAUUGUGUUUUCUCCUGAGAGCUUUCUCCACUACAAGUAGCACCAUGUUGAGAGAAGUAUGUGAAAAACGUUGGCGCGGAUGAGUAGGAGCACCCUUAGAUGCACCCAAGAGCUCAUCCUAAUGUGUAGUCUAGCAAGACGAUACACCCAAUUCAAAUGAUAAUGAGAUCGUAUAUCCCCGCCGAAUAGACCUCACAAGGCAUAGACGAUCUUAUAUCCCGAGAUCUUGCCAUCUCUGUACUCUUGGAACCCUUCAGAAACCGCGUCAAGACCGUGCUUGAUGCUGGCCCUGUUGGGCGUGAACUUUCCUUCCUCAAGCAAUUUGGGUAUCGAUUCGAAGAAGUCGGCAACGAGGUCGUGAUCCCCUUUAUGCGG